UCUUGAUUGUGAAUUUUUCUGUAAUGUUGUGUAGUCGAUGUCUACUCAUUGUUCCGCUGAGCAAGCACCUAAUAGUAAAAGUGUUUGAAAACACCACGGCAAAAUCGAGCAAGACAAGAAAAAAUAACCUCAAGCAAGAAUCAGGACGAUAAAAGAUGUCGGCGUUUGAGGUUCUGGGUGUCUGCCCUGAGAUAAUCCAGGCGAUUGAGGAGGAUGAUUGGCUCCUGCCGACGCCGGUACAAGAUGACGCCAUUCCGCUCAUUCUCGGAGGUGGUGACGUCCUCGCUGCAGCGGAAACGGGUUCGGGAAAAACGGGAGCCUUCGGCCUUCCCUGCCUUCAAAUCGUGCACGAGACCCUUCGAGGAAAAUGCGUGACCAAAGCGAACGCAGAAGGAGCAAGCAACCUGAAGUAGUUACAGAUGCAUUACUAGCCUAGAGCGACGUGUAGCUCAUUUCCGCACUAGAAUCACCACGCACCAACACAAACCAAAAAAAAACAUGCCGGCGCACGUGCAGGCACCGACCUAAAAUUUGCGCUAUGCAACCACAGAAAGGAAACCCCUCCACAUCCUGAAGGGUAGCCAAGAAGGCGCUGGGAAGGGGGAGAGACGUUCUGGGAUCUAGUAAUGUCCGAGAAAAGUAGCUGAGGCCGCUGCCCUCUCUCCUUCUAUUAAUGUCCGAGAAAAGUGGCCGAGGCUGCUGCCCUCCUCCUCUUCUUCUAUUAAUGUCCGAGAAAAUUGGCCGGGACUGCUGUCCCCCUCUGCUUCUAUUAAUGACCGAGAAAAGCCGAGGCCGGUGGACUGACUCCAAGGCGGCGGCUGUCCUCCUCUUCUUCUAUUAAUGUCCGAGAAAAGUGCCCGAGGCUGCUGCCCUCUUUUUCUUCUAUUAAUGUCCGAGAAAAGCCGAGACCGAUGGACAGGACGGCGAGCGCUCUCCUGUUCUUCUAUUAAUGUCCGAGAAAAGCCGAGACCGAUGGACAGGACGGCGAGCGCCCUCCUGUUCUUCUAUUAAUGUCCGAGAAAAGCCGAGGCCGAUGGGCUGGGUGGUGGUUGCCUUGGUCUUCUUCUAUUAAUGUCCGAGAAAAGUAGCCGAGGCCGCUGCCCUCUUGUUCUUCUAUUAAUGUCCGAGAAAAGCCGAGACCGAUGGACAAGACGGCGGGCGCAAUUUUACAAUUACUUUUUUUUUUAUAGAACUACAAUUACUACAUUUUGACUGGUCGGAAUACUAUGUGCUCGCUUGUUCCCUUAUAGCACGAAGGAAUAUGUAAGAAAAUGAUAAACAUUUUUUCUGCUUUCCAAUUCAUUGUUGCUUCCUGUACAACUUGUAUUUCAAUGACAGAGUGAAGAAGCGCGCGAAGGAGAUGAAAUCUAUGUCUUCCUGUUCACGAAUGUGUUACGUGUUUCGUAUGUCCAACCGCAAUUCAACACAGGUGUGAGCUGAACUUGAACGAUAAAGACAUGUUUGUCUUAGUCACUGAGGAUGGCCUGGAGUGUAAAAGCGAUGACCAUGUGAAGUGGAAUGGUAUCCGCGCGAACAUAGAGGUGCAGAGCGGAAGAUACUACUAUGUAGGCCCCUCACGUUUUGCUCUUUGACAUAAUAGACUAUGCAACAAGCUCCUCAUUCACUGCCUCUUCUGCGUAUCCGUUUGUAUGCUGACGGUUAAUAUUGUGAUUGAUGUCAGCUCUCUAUGAAUGUGGAAAUUGUUUGGUGGUACUGGUACAAUCUAGUUUUGGUAAGCGUCAUUCUGGCCAAAUAGGUAGAAAAUAUACGAGUGGGGGAUAUUAAUUCUUGUCGCAAGCGCCGCUAAUCCGGGAUCAGCUCGCGUCAGUCUGCGCACGAUCCUCUUGCCCGCCUUGUUUUGACUUUUCUAUAUCUGAUGCCUCUCAUUGCCGUGAUAAUAAGCUUACGCUGCGCCCUCGUGCCUCUGCCCAAUCCCUAUGUGGGGCCCCGCUCGAUUCGGGGUAGCAAGAGCAAGUGACUUCACGCUGCUGCCUCGAGGCUAUAGCCGCGCGCUCAUUAUGGCCGCGCAUCGAGUUCGGACGCCCACUGCUUUUAAAUUUGUUAAUCUUUAUCUUUCUUUGUUUUUGAAGCAUGUACUUACUUAGUUUCGACAUCUCGUUCUUCUAAUGUGCGAAGUGCUUGUCGUCGAUGGGCUCUGCAGAGUAGGCUGGGGCGCGUCGUUCGCUAAGCUCGAGCUAGGGAGCGACGACAAGAGCUUUGGUUAUGGCGGGACCGGAAAGAAGAGCUGGAACCGAAAAUUCGAAGAUUACGGAGAAACAUUUCAAUCUGGGGAUGUCGUUGGGUACUUUAUUUUACUCCACCUGAUACUUCAUCACAUCCCUCUACUUCAUCGGUUUACCAAUCAAAACAUGACAGGUCCUCCAAAGCCCUCCCUAUCUUCCACCUCCACAAAGUCGUCUUCGUUUAUAAGAUUAAAAGUUCUAGUGCAGGGGUUAGUCAACUUAACGACCUACAGUCUAGUCCUCUCAUCAUUAUUUAACUCCUGAUAAUUUUGUCAACAUAAUCGAAAUCACUUAGGUAUUGAUAAAGACCUCAGCGCUUACUCUCCGUGUCUGUAGUCAAAGCUGCCAAGACAACUAGUUUCUCUUGAUUCUGGUAUAACCACGGUUUACUUAGUACUACUUGAAUGACUACGACGCACAUGAAAUCAACCCACCCUCGUCUCAGCUGUUUUCUGGACCGUAGCUCUGAAAAGGCGAAGAUUUCGUUUUCGAUAAACGGACGCCCGCUUGGUGUUGCCUACGAGCUUGACGUCUCCCAGUGGGAACGCAUCGGAUUGAAGCCGCACAUCUGCGGCAAGGGAUUCAACGUGGAAUGCCGAUUCGAUAAGUCAACAAGACUCGAUUAUGUAUGAUUACUUGUUGUAUUAAGAAAAUUUAGAGAGUUAAGCUGCAGAUCAUUUAGAUACUGGUGUCUUUUUUUCAACUGUUUGAUGUUUUUCGAUGCGGCCGCCCAAUAUGCAAUUGUUGAUUGAGGUCUGUUUUUUCGCAAUCCUCUCUAUGUUUCGAACAGACGAAGCGGUAAUAGUAUUUGCUUGUUUGAUCAUCAUACUUCUCCUCUUUCAUUUUUCGUAUCCGCAUGAUGGGUAUACUCCGAUUGGCGAGAUCGACCCGAAAGACACUCCGCAGGGUCUUUCCGGGACUCGGGGAAAGCGUCCCCUUCUAUGUAUGAUCCUUGAGCCUACGCGAGAUUUGGCAGAACAGACCUACAAGUGCAUCCUCAAGUUCAGCAAGUACCUCGAAAAUCCGCGAGUAAAAGUGGCGCUCUUUGUCGGAGGUGUCGAUGAGAAAGAGCAAUACCGCGCAUUGCAGGAAGGCGUCGAUAUCUGCGUCGGCACUCUGCAAAAAACCUUGGAUCUUAUGAACGGGCUCAGAGACAGAAAUGAUCUAUUUGCAGCUUAUUCCUGAAUCAGUCGCAUAAACUAGUCCCUUCAAAUUUAGUUGCAUUUUAAAUUGAUUUCCGACUGAGUCACUCUUGAAGAUGAUGAGCCACACCGUGGUCGUCUUGGCCUCGCAAAAAAAGUCGAAAAAAAGUCAUCAUCUACUUUGCUCUUCUUCAUCUUUCAUAUCCGAUGUCCGGCGUGGAAAAUUGGACGUUUCGCAGGUGAAGUUUCUCGUUCUGGACGAAGCGGAUGACUUGCAAAAAAAGGAUGACCGCAAAGAGAUACCAAAGUUGAAUGCGCAAAUCAAACGCGGACGUCGGGACCGCGUGCAAACCCUUUUUUUCUCAGCAACUCUCCAUACACCAGAGGUGCAAACCAUGUUAUGGAAACCAAUCAGCAAUGUAACUAACGAGUACGCAUUGAUUCGUUGUAAUUUCAGUGUCUACAUUAACCGUUUAUUUCCACGCGAUGAUAUGCGCAUAUCAUCCGACUGACUUCUUCCUUCGCUUCGUCUCUUGGCAGAAGCUUAUGAGGCCUCUUGUGGCUCUAAGUUCCAUCUCCGACAUUACGACGCGCCCGAUCUGGGUGGAUCUGAAGGGCAAAGAUAGUGUGCCUGAUACAGUGCACCACGUCGUGUAUAAGGUGAAUCCCAAAGAGGAGCUGAAGUGGGUGGACUUCGCAGUUCACAGCAAGAAUCCGAACGUUUGCAUUCCCACGGAUGAAGUGCACACAAAGCCGACGAUGAGUGACUUCGAUCGCAAGUUUCCAGAAGCCUUGAAACUCUCAGAGCGCAUCAAACGACAGAAGUUUCAGCUGGUCGUCAAAAUCGCGGACGCUUUCAAGAUGACACAGUGCCUUUGCUUCUGCCGUACCAACGUCGACUGCAACAAUCUCGAGAAAUACCUGAAUACACUUGGCGGUUGCCCGGGCGGGUGGAGAGGGAAGGUCCUUCAGAAACUAUUAGUAGAAGUUUAAGUUUUGCAUUUAUUUACUUCACCAAGUAAGCUUGCAACGAUCUAGAAGGUACUUACUUGUUCGAACUUCGAGAUACAAACUUAGCUUGAGAUUUUGUCAACUGAAGUUGAAAAUUUGGAUCAGAUUGUAGAUUUUCUCCUUUCAACACCUCAUUAACAGACCGAGACGGGUAAGGAGAAUCCGUAUUCGUGUGUGGUGCUUGCUGGUAUGCGAGACCAAGACGAGCGUCGGCAGAAUCUGGAAGCUUUCAAGGAGGGUGACAUCCGGUUUCUAAUCUGUACGGAUGUAGCUGCGCGUGGCAUAGACAUUCAAGGGCUGCCUUAUUUGAUUAUGGUGACGCUCCCAGACGACAUAGAAAAUUACAUCCACCGAGUCGGUCGGGUAGGCCGAGCAGAACGGGCUGGUUUAGCCAUUUCCUUGGUGGCAACCGAAAAAGAGAAAGUCUGGUACUAGAAGCUUUCAAUAUUGCAAGGAAGUACGCUGAAAUUUUCACCCGACAAUUUCUUAUGCAUGGAGGAUCUUAUUGAACAAAACUAUGGUCACAUUUCUGACUAUUUGUGUCAUUCUUUCCGCCUCUACUAACCAUGGUCGAAUAUUAAGGUAUCACAAGUGCAAGAGCCGAGGAAAGGACUGCCAGCCGUGGCCAGGCAACACGCGGUUGACUAUUCCUUUCGGUACCGAUGGCAAGCUGAAAGCACGCGACCCAAAUGCUUGGGUCAUUGACGAAGGGGGUUGCAGUAUCUGGUACGAUGAACCGGACUUGGUACAAAAGGUCGAAAAACGAAUCGGCAUGCCUUUGAAGGAGAUGAAUCCGGACGACUUCAGCAUUGAAAAUUUGCUGCCGUCGCCUCUGACCGAGGAAGAACGGCGACGAAACCUAGGGGCAAACAGUACUCGUAGCGGAUCUUCUUCUGGUCAGGAUGCUAAGAAGGCGGUCGCAGAAAAAAGUCGGCGAGGCAAGCAAGCCGCGACCGCGAAUCAGCAAGUGGUGUACGGGAAGAAGCAGAACGAAGAUGUGAGCACGAAGAAAACGUACACUGAACUCGUGCAUUCUGUUGUAGAGUUGGCCAAUUUGGAACGCUACAUUCAACAGCGCUUCGUCAGCACUGCAUCGAACGCCAAGCAGCGGCGCGCAGCCCGUCGGCGUGUAGACUUCGCCUCUGUUGUCACCGAGCGCUUGCGAAACUUGAUACCCGCGAGUAGUCUGGCAGCCCGAAAGAGACCCUCCGGCGAUGUUGCUGUCGACCAAAAUCUGAAUAACAGUGUGGGCUUGUCGCCUCCCGUGGACUUCGACUCCUCUUCGUCUGCAAUGCGAGUUGAUGAUGUUGCUCCAAUCGAAGACCACCAGCAAGUGGAAAGCAUGGGUAUCGACGAAGAUUGGGGCGAUGUUCCUGCUCCCUCAACAUCUUCGAGGUCCUCGUUUGGAGUUGCGGGAACAGUGCCGAAAGCAGCGGCACCAACCUCCUUACCGAGGAAUGGACCCCCGUCGACAACUAAGUACUACCCAGGAGCUUCAUCCUCGUCUCCCGCCGCGGGCCCAGUUAGUUUGGGGGCACCUGCCCUCUCUUCACACGAGGAACCGAGUAGCGCGAGACGUGAUCCUGUUCCGCAGGAGUUACCAGCCGCAAUUGCAGAUGCGGAGGAAGCACCAAAGGCCAAGAAACAGGCCACUGGAUGGGCACGGGGCAAGAGAAAGGCGAGAUGGUGAGCUCGUGCUUGUGAAAAUGUUGAUCAUCGAAGCUUGAUUGCGAUCACAAACAUAGCAACACCAGCACCCCUAUUUUUUUCACGCGCUCAUUUUUCAGAUGAUGAUGUCCCAUUCCCACCGCACGUCAAGCGAUGCGAUUGCAUCAGCUUUCUAUCGAUACUCCGGGUUUAUUAAACCCGUGUACCAAUAACUCGCACAAUUUCAUCAACUCGGGCACACAAUGAUAAACGCCCAGCAUAGCUCCAUCUAUCCCAACCCGUACAGUCACUUCUGCGACACUAGCAGAAACGCAAUCCCCG